AUGGCGUCUGUCGGGGACUACAUCUUCCUCUUCAUCGUCCUCUCCAUCCUCGCAGGUAUCGUCUACGCAGUCAAAAAGGACAGCAUCAAUCAGAGCAUCUCAGGGGCACAGGAAGGUCUCAAGCAAAAGGGCAUUCGACUCGACAGCUCGGGCGUAUCGAUCAAGACGGAUCGCAGAGCGCCGACGCGGGACGAAUACAUAGACCGGACCCGCGAGAGCUUCGCCCGCUCCAGUGAGGUCAUCGCAAAGCACAAAGACGCAUUCACGACUACGGCUUGGCAGAAACAGAAGGAGCUGGACGAGGCGAAGCAGAGGGCAAAGGCAACCUCUGGUCGACGCUGA